AUGACCUUGAGCUUUGCUCGCUGGGGUCUUGUAAAGCUUUCAACUAAUAGAAAGUCAGUUGGAACGGUCGUUCUACAGCAAGCAGUAUAUCCUGAGUCCAUAAUCGAUAGAUUAUCACAUUUUGAUAACAAGAACUCGGAGUCCAUGAUAAAAUACCAGAAACCGAAUGCCUGCGGUGCUCCCUUAAAAGCCUCGAACGGCGGUUAUUUGACAGCCACGUUUACCCAACUCUGCCACAGUUCUCCAACUAUCUUGACUGCCUUUGUGGUUGAUAAUGUCGCAAAACUCCAACGCCAAAGCACCCGGUUGGUAUUUAUUCAUAUUGACGCUGUUGUUGGAACGGAGAAUCGGAAUGAUCAGAUGCUGGUUAUUCGACUGAAUGGCCGAUCAUUGGAUGGUGGAUUUGCAAUUAAAACAACGGAGGUGAUGCGGAUUACGUGGGAAAAAGACAAGCUUAAUUUUAAUCCACCCGAUGGUAAAACUAGUUCUGUGGACUUGAGAAUGCCCAGAGAAAAUUCAAGGAAUGCAAUUGGUGGACGACUUACUGUGACUAUUAGUGACGAAGGAACAGUUGCCCAUUUCUCAUUUACUCUCGGUUCGUCAGCACGACCCACUCUCUCAAAGAGGUUACUACUGCCCACCCACAUUGACAAUGGACUUGAACUGAUUGCAGAGGUGCGUACAUAA